AGAAAAAGGUUUAGAGAGACAUGGAGCUUGAAAGAAUAAUUCGAGACGCACUGACAUGCUUCAUCCAGUCCCACAUCCCUGCGGCAGACCUCAGUGGGAUGGAUGAUGUUUUCUUCUCUUAUAUCACGGGUGUCCUGGAAGAGCUGGGCUCACCAGAGUCCUCUGAGGAGACCUUUGACAUGGACACCUUUGUGGAAAUGAUGGAGGCAUAUAUUCCUGGUUUUGCAGAAAUCCAGAGUGAGGAUGUUUGUGAAAUGAUGUUCUCCCUCUCAGAAAGGCUUGGUGAAGCUCGCAACAAAGAAAAAUGUGGCCAAAAGGCUGUGGAAAGUGGGAGUGAAGCACCCUCUGAAGACCUGACCAAGGGCCAGGAGCCUGGAGCCGCAGCCUGCAACGGGGAGAGGCUGUGCACUCCAACAGACGGAGCCAGGGCCCAGGAAGGCGAUGACUUGAAGGAUGGGGUGGAGCUGCUACUGGAGAUGUUCCCAGCCUGUAGCGUGAGCCAGGCAGAGAAGGCACUUGCCAUGGCCCUGGGGAACUUGGAGGAGGCAGUGCAGUUAAUUGUGGAGGAGAAGGUGGAAAUUGGCCCAGCAGGUGCAAGUGUGAAGGUACUGUACUCUGAGCUGGGCUGUGCCCACAGCCAAGGCAGCACCCCAGCAGAGCUGUGGCUGGUACCCCCCUUCCCACACUCACAGGAACUGGCACGGCCCCGCAGAGCGCCCAACCACGAGGAACUAAAACAGGUUAUCCUACAGAAAUACAUGAUGGUGGAUAGUGCAGAUGAUGAGAAAACACAUCGGCCAGCUCCACCCAAAGAGGCUCCCAAGAAGUUGAUCCGCUAUAUUGACAACCAGGUGGUGAGUACAAAGGGAGAGAGGUACAAAGACAUCAAGAAGCCCGAGAGCGAGGAGAUGAAGAGAACCUACAUCAGCCUCAAACCAGCCAGGAAGUACAAGUUCCACUGACAGCCAGGUCCUCCUGCUCUUCAGCCUCCACCUCACCAGCCAGGCAUGGCAGGAUGGACACAUGGCACUAGGGAUGAGGGGACUCCUCCACCUGCCACUAACUGGAACUAACCUGGGAGCCAGCACACUGCUUUCAGCUUCCUCAGCUAACCCAGCUGACAAGGAGGAGCCUUCUCACCUUGUGUAGCUAUCCCUCUGCCCCCAGGGGCACACGGCAGUGGCUCUCCAGGGCCUGGGCAUUCUCUGCUAUUCCUUGCAUGGGACAUUUUUAGAUCUAAGAUGUGGCUUGUGCUUUUGCAGCAAGCUUUUUACAAGUCUGUGUGCACUGUUGCUUUAAAUUUGAGUGCCAGUGUUAAUAAAGAUGAUGCGAGUUGGUGUG